ACUCCAGCCGAUGGCUACCUCGGAGUUCUCUCAAGCAAGGGGUUAAAAUUACAGUAUAUUUUAUUAAAGGCACUAAUAUGUGGACUCGUAAAUAAGAUGAAGAAAAAGAGAUAUCGUAUGUCGUCGGUCUUCCGUGCACCGCACGUGCCAGGUCAUGGCGACGCGAGGGCUGCGAGCCGAGGCCGGGAACAGGAUUGGGGUUUCGGAGUUGGAGAAGAUGAGCUUGGAGCAGCUCAAAUCCCUCAAGGAGCAGUCCGAUCUCGAGGUCAAUCUCCUCCAGGACAGCCUCAACAAGAUCCGCACUGCCGCCACCCGCCUCGAGAUCACCUUCACUGCCCUCCACGAUCUCUCCCUCCGUCCCCAAGGGAAGAAGCUGCUAGUCCCUCUCACGGCGUCUCUUUACGUUCCGGGCACCCUCGAUGACGCCGAUAGAGUUCUCGUUGAUGUCGGGACCGGAUACUUCAUCGAGAAAACCAUGACUGAGGGCAAGGAUUAUUGUGAUCGGAAAAUCAAUUUACUGAAGUCUAAUUAUGAGGAACUUAUUGAGAUGACUUCCAAGAAGAAAAACAUAGCAGAUGAAGUUGGAAUGAUCUUACAAGCAAAACUCAGAGAAUCGUCCACAGACCCAGCAAUGCAAAAAGGAAGAUCGCUAAUAUUCAUCACUGGUCAUUGUUGAUGUUCUUGUGAAUAUCUCUACCGGAAAGAAUGUAACAUACUCAUCGAAAGGUUCCUUUCAUCCACAAAAGCAUUUUGGAUGACCAUCAAGCAAUUCAACCUAAAGUCCUCUGCCUCAACUUCCAAGACAUCAUCUUGUUAACAUUAUAGCUUGUUGACUAUGUGGUGCACCCAAAGGUAAACAGGCUAGUGGAAAUAAAGAAGAGAUUUCAAUUAGGUGCCUCACAAAUUCUGGUCCAAUGCUAAUCC